AUGGCUGUUGAUGACUCACUGGCUGCCGAUGAUGAGACACAAAAUCAAGAGGAGGAGCAAGAAGAGGAUGAGGAGGCUGAUCAUGAGCAGCACAUUGGGACUGCUGAGGAAGGGAGCCAGCUUGUUGCGGCAAAUGAGGCUUCGGAUGAUGACUUGCAAGUCAUGACUCCUGUCAAGCAUGCACCGCAUGAGGUGCUUGUCGUGACUCCGGUGAGGCGACAGCUGAGCUUCGGAUCAGAGGCUUCAUCAGCUUCAGACAAGAGCAUGAGGCAAGUUGGCCUAAUGAGAUUCUGGUCGCCGGCGGGAGCAUCAGACAAGAGCAUGAGCUCUCCCGUGGGCUCUCCGCUGGCAGACCUGGAGGAAUAUCCUGAGGCGCCUCCCAGAAAGACGAAUAGGAUGAGCAUGGAAGAUACCAUAAGAGGCAUGCUGCGGAGAGGUGAGCUGAGUGUGGGUGGUCAGCGGUUGAGCUUGACCGCUGAGAACAUGAGAAGUGUUCAUGAGUCGAUGAGAAAGAGCACUGCAAGUCGAGGGCGGCCGAUCAAAUCCUCGAAUGAGCUCAGAGGAGUCUUGGGCGGAAGGAAAACCAACCGCAGGGCCAAGAAUGAGAAACCACGUCAGUUUGAGAUCGCGAUAAGCAUGAAGCAUGCCAUCUGCAAAGAGAUGUAUGAGCAGCGGCUGAGAUUUCCCAACGAGAGUUCCAUGCUUGAUGAGUUUUCCCGGGCCAAAAGCAUCAGAAAAGAUCGGCUGCAAGAGAUAUGGGCAAACAGAGCCGAAUGGGCAAAGAUGAGCCAGCAUGGGAGAGCCAAUGCCUCGGCCAAUGAGAUGAAGGGAGCAAAGGCUCGCUUGAGACGAGUGGGAGGAGGCACCAAGAGGGAAUUUCCUGAGCUGGUUGAGAAGGUGAGGCACUGGCUGGAUAAGGAGAGGUCGCAUGGGGAUGUGGUCCUGGCAAAGCAUUUGGCCAUGACCUAUGGGUCAUUCCUCAAAGUGAGGGCUGAUGAGCUGUCCACCCUGCUGGAGAAUGAGGACUUGAGU